AUGGAAUCAAAAAAGUCGCACUCGUGGUGGUGGGAUAGCCACAUUAGUCCAAAAAACUCCAAGUGGCUACAAGAUAAUCUUGAAGAAAUGGACCAGAAAGUCAAACUGAUGUUAAAACUCAUAGAAGAGGAUGCAGAUUCAUUUGCUAAAAGGGCUGAAAUGUAUUAUCAGAAGAGACCCGAGUUGAUUAGUCUUGUUGAAGAGUUUUAUCGAAUGUAUAGGGCAUUGGCUGAGCGUUAUGAUCUUGUGACUGGAGAACUUCGAAAAAGUUUUCCAUCUGAUCUCCAAUCUCAGGGCUCUGGAAUAUCUGACGUGGGAUCUGAACCACCUUUCUCUAUGCCAUCUCCUGAUCAAAAGCCGAGUCGCCGUUCAUCCGAUGCUGAGGCAGCUGGAUUUGAAUUCUUUCUUGGAACUGGCGGAACUGCCUCAGAUGUAAAUAAAGGAGACGAUUCAUCUACAUCUGACUCUGAAUCCGAAUCGAAUGAUUCCUCCGUUAACAAUUACUCGGGCACACAGAGCAAUGAUGAGGAACAGGAGUUGCAUCGGAGGAUUACUGAAUUAGAGACUGAGCUUUUGGAUGUGAAAGAAAGACUCAAGAUGCAACAGAAAGAGAUUUCUGAAGGCUCAUUUAAGAAAUCCGACUGUGAAAAUUCCGAAGCUCUUGCUAAAGUAGUGGAAUAUGAAGAAGAGUUGAGGAUUGCAAAGGAAAAGAUUCGGCUAUUUGAAGAAGAAAAUAGUCGUUUGUUGAUUGAGCUUCAAAAGUGUAAAUCUCUUAAAGAUGCUGAAGUGGAGCAAAAUCAGGUCGGAGAGCUUCAAGAAAGCAUCGAUGGAUCAAAAGCUGACGUUUUCGACCCAAUGAACAAAAUUCUGACACUAGAGGAAGAACUGAAAAUUAUGCAAGAGAAGCUUAAUGAGUCGGAAAAGGAAGUUGCAAGCUUAAGGGAUGAACUUGGGGGAAACAGGUCGUCUAUUCAACAUUUGCAAGAUCAGCUUAUAUCAUCACAAAAGGAGAUCUCCAUCUGGAUGUUUAAAGUCGAGAAUGAGAAAAGCGAGGUUUCAAAGCUUCAGGAUCGAAUAGAGAGCUAUGAAUCCUAUCUAGCUGACAGAGAUCUAGAAAUCCGGGGACUGAAAGAAACAAUAUCAAAUGCUAGCAAGAGCUUGUCUGAAGAAAAUAAGCAACUUCAAUCAGAUUUAAUUAUAAUGUCAAAGGAACGAACUUAUUUGGAGAUUAACCUAAAAGAGUUGGAUUUACGCUGCCAAUCCUUAGAGGAGAAUGUCAGACGAGUUGAAGCUGGAAAAGCAGAGAUUGAAGGUAUGCUUGGAGCUCAAAUUGAGCAGUUGCAGGCUGAAAUUUCCAAGAAAAAAGACCACUUGGAAGAAUUAAAUAAAAUUCUUGAAGCCUUAAAAGUGAAAUACAACAUGCUGAGGUCCGAGAAAGACAGUCUUGAUGCCAAGAUCGGCAUACUUUCUGCAGAGAUCGUUUCGAAAGAUGAUCAAAUCGACCAAAUGAAGAAUCAUUUGCAUCAAUUGCAUAUGGAGCAUGUUGAAUUGAUUGUUGCAGCUGAAGGGGCACAUAAACUGGCAGAGAAGUUGCGUACAAGAGUUAAAGAAUUGGAAAUGGAGGUGGAGAGAAAAGAAGAAGUUAUUAAGGAAGGAGCAGAAGAGAAACGAGAAGCGAUAAGGCAGCUUUGCUUAUCACUUGAACAUUAUCGAAAUGAUUAUCAUUGGCUUCGUCAGGUUGUUAACAGUCUCAAGCGACCACCCAUAAUAGCAUCCUAG